CCUCCACUGCAGUGUAAUGUUCAUGGGCAGAUCCUUAUGAGAUAGCCUUGAAUCUUUCUUGUACUUUCUUCAGGUUUGUCUCUUUGUACAGUUAUCUGCAGCCUGCAAGGCGAAGAUCAGAUUUAGGAGGAUUUGUAGCUCAUCAGAAUAUAGUAGUUGAGCAAUAAUCCUGAUCGUGUGUAUAGUCUGGACUGAGUAAAGAGACUUUUCCUUCUGUUAAAGCAGUUUGAAGAAUAGGACUCUAACAUGUUUGGCAGGGGAAAAUUGCUUUUGGACGCAUUCAUAUUCUCAUUUUUCUUCAGCCAAGUUUCCCUGAGUGAUGUCAAACUGUUGGAUCCAUCCUCACCUGUUAUUGACGACCAGUAUGAUGGAUGUCGUAAAGAAGCCAUGGAGAAGUUUACUCCUGAUCUAUUAAAAGAAGAGCUUGGCAAAAGUGAGAAACUGCAGAAAGCCUGGAAAAAAUGGGAAGCUUGGAGAACAAUUAGUAACUGUACCUCACAGAUUCCUGGUGGUACUGAAGACCACACUUCUGCCCUCUCCAUCUAUCACUAUGGAGAUACAAAGUUUUUAAAUGAGCUGAACAAUGCAGUGGAGACAAUGAUGGUGAAUGUGACCACGUAUGAAAAGGACUUCCAUUUCAAGGCUCUUCAUUUCCUGCUGAUGGAUUCCAUGAUGUUGCUGAAGCCAAAGGAGUGCAGGGAGGUAUAUUUCACCAAAGGAUUUAAAGGAAAAGCACCAGAAAUAAACUCCAAAGUGAGGUUAGCAAGUUUCACAGUUGUCGACUCAGAUUUAGAUUUUACAGAUCUGUACGACGUAACCAUUCUUAAAAUAAAAACUUGCUUUUAUGUCAACCUGGGGGACCAACUUUGUCUGAAAAAGAUUGGUGAAAUACUCCUAUCUCCAGCUGAAGUCUUCACUGUGGCGAGAAUAGACAAAAAGACUGCAAAUGAGGAAGAUUACACAGAAGUUGUUUUGAGCCAUUCUGAUCUGCAAAGCAACCACAACUGUGUCAUGUUUUCAAGGUCAGCAGCUGACAUCUCCACCCAUUUGUUCCUUCCUCUGCUUGUGGCAUUUCCUUUAUAUUACACGUGUCUUUAAGAAAGCAACCCAGACAUCUCUGGAAGAGAAAAAUAAAGUUCUGCUAAUUAAAGAAGGUCUGUUUAGUAACCAUAGUCGUUUAGUAGAAAUUUGUCAUCUAGCACAACAAUAAUUCUCGGACAUGAUUAUAAUAGUAGACAAAAAAAAAUGUUCAUUACAGAAUAAAAACAUCUGAAGUUGUGUUUUCAUCAUUUGAUAGUGGAUGGAGGAAUGUCACUAUUCCUCCCUUCUUGUGAUCAUAAAUCAAAACCAUGUCAAAGCAUGGUUCACAUUUGAUGACAGCUGAAAACAUUGGAGAAAAUAAUUGAUGCAAAAUGGGAAAUGUGAUCACAAUAUAUUUCAAAUAUGGUAAAAAAAAAAAAUCCACAUGGGAAAUGCCUGUAGGAAAAUGUUGCAUAUGUGGAAUGUUCCCCACCUGUUUCAAAUAUGAAAAUGUUCCCAUAUGCGAAUGCUGCACAUAUGGCUUUAUUCAUUUUUAACACAUUUUUACUGUCACAUGUGGAAUUUUUGUCAACAAGCUUUGCAUGUUUCUAUGUAAUAUCAUUUCAAUAUAUAAAAUAUCUGCGAAUGUUCCAACAAGUGAAAUGCAUGUUUUUCAAGUUAUACAUUUUGAUAAAAACUAUUUCGACUGUGCUUUUUGUCGCAUGUGAAAUGUGUGCCAACAUUUGCAUGUUGAUAGGUUGUGUGUUUGACUCCAGCUUUGCUCACAAUUUGUUGAAGCAUCUUUGAGCGAGACACAUACCAAUCUGCAGACUGUUGUUUGAAUGCAUAACUGUUGCGACUGUGUUCAGAUUGCACAUUUUACAAGAAAAGCUAUAGAUUUUAGAUGCCAUGUGUGAUUACACAUGAGCCUCACAUGUAAUUGCAGCGGUUUCACAUGUGCUUCAGUUUCAGUAUAUGUUUCAGUAUAUGUUUUACAUAUUAUACCGUCAAAAUUCACCGAAAUUGCAUUUGUCAUGAGCAUAACAUGUAUUUUUACAUGUAUCACAUAGGGUAGAGUGAGGCGAGUUUGUGCCAGUUUUUACUUGAAGCGACUUUAAAGCAAAACUGCAUCAUCCAGCAGUUUUGAGCUAACAUCAUGCUAGCUACAUAAACUCAUAGUAUACCCUGCAAAAGCAAGAAACAUGUGAAAAAUGUUUUCAAACUUGUCCUCAACGGUUCACACACAAAAUCAAAAAACCUUAAUCCUAACCCAUAAUAUAUAUAUAUUUUUUUACUUGAAUGUGUCUUCACCAUUUGAAUGAAGGUUAUCUUUUUUUAGAAUGAAUAAAACAGCUGAGUCUUCGAAAAUGAGAGGUCAAAUGACCAAUUACUCCCAUGGUUUCCUAGAAACAAGGAAUGGCACAACUUCUCUGCUGUCGCAAAUCAUCCAACUCUCCCCUAUUUCUCAUAGUUAAAUUUAAUGCCAAAUCCCCAUGAGUAAUCACAUUCACAUGGAAACUUUAUGUUUUUCUUUAGAAAAGAUAUAUACAUAUAUAUUACUCUGCCUUUUUUAUGCUGUGUAUGCCUUUAGUGGGAAAUCAGGAAAUAUUUAACUUCACCAAGGCUUCCUAGAUGAAAAAUAAAGAAAAAAAGGCUGAUGAAUGACCUUUCUCAUACAGCAGGGGGUUGUUCUUCUGACAAAACAAAAUAGUUAUUUUUAGUUGAGGUUACUACAAGCACACACUAUGCUUAUUCCAGCGGAAACUGACUGCAAAUGAGAUGUGGAAGUAAAAGAAGAAGCAACUUGUUACAGAAAAGAGGAAUUUACCAUUCCAGGCAUGAACUUAAGGUCACUGAACCUAUUUUCUUGGGUUCACUGAAGGAAUGCAUUUUUCUCUUGUGUCAGCUUAAAAUGAAGCUUUUCACAUGGCUGUUAUCUUGAGUUCUGAAGGAAAAUUAAGCUGUAAACAUCAGAACCAAUAGUAUUUUUGGUCACUGUUUACAGUGACCGCUAACAUGAAGCCUCUGAUGUAAUGGAAAUCUUCUUCUAUUCUUGUUCUGUUUCCUCCUCUGUCAAGUAAACCAUGUUGACUGUGUGAAAUCGCUCAAAAAUGAAUAAAAGAUUUACUGAGAUAGAA